GCGCGCGAGUGGUGGCUGCUGCGCCGCCGGGCAGUGCGGGUCCUGGAGGCGCGGAAGCGGGGCGCGCCGACCAUGGCUACCUGGAUGGGGGUCGAGCUCUCGGAGCUGAACCCGCUGCGCGCUCUGUGGCUCGCGCUGGCCGCCGCCUUCCUGUUGACCCUGCUGCUGCAGCUCGUACCGCCCGGCUUGCUCCCGGGCUGGGCGCUCUUCCAGGACUUGAUCCGCCAUGGAAAAACCAAGCUCGAGGGGCCGCUGCGCCCGGCCGCCUGCCGGGCUUUUGAUGUCCCCAAGAGGUAUUUUUCUCACUUCUAUAUCAUCUCUGUGCUGUGGAAUGGUUUCCUGCUUUGGCACCUUACACAAUCUCUGUUCCUGGGAGCGCCUUUACCAAACUGGCUGCACGGCCUGCUCAGGAUUCUUGGGGCUGAGCAAUUCCAAGGAGGUGAGCUGGCACUGUCUGCAUUCUUAGUGUUAGUAUUUCUGUGGCUACACAGCUUGCGAAGACUCUUCGAGUGCUUGUAUGUUAGUGUCUUCUCCAAUGUCAUGAUUCACGUCGUGCAGUACUGUUUUGGACUUUUCUACUAUGUUAUCGUCGGCCUAACUGUGCUGAGCCAAGUGCCAAUGGACGGCAAGAAUGUCUAUGUGAUGGGGAAAAAUCUCUUAAUGCAAGCUCGGUGGUUCCAUAUCCUCGGAAUGAUGAUGUUCAUCUGGUCAUCUGCCCAUCAGUAUAAGUGCCAUGUCAUUCUCGGAAAUCUCAGGAAAAAUAAAGCAGGAGUGGUCAUUCACUGUAACCACCGAAUCCCUUUUGGAGACUGGUUUGAAUACGUGUCUUCCCCUAACUACUUAGCAGAGCUGAUGAUCUACAUUUCCAUGGCUGUCACCUUUGGAUUCCACAACUUAACUUGGUGGCUAGUGGUGACAUAUGUCUUCUUCAGCCAUGCCCUGUUUGCUUUCUUCAGCCACAAAUUCUACAAAAGCAAAUUUGUCUCCUACCCAAAGCAUAGGAAAGCUUUCCUACCAUUUCUGUUUUAAGAUAACCUCAGUCAUGGAGAAUGCAAACCAGGUGACAGGUUCAAUUCCUAAGGACAACAGAGUCUAGACACCAAAGUGCAGUUUCUGCAGAAGUGUUUGAAACUCUCUGUUCCGUUUUUAUACCCCAGAGUCUUCACUGAAGCGAGCAAAGCAGUAGCCCUCAAGAAAAUGAAUCUUCAAAGAAGAAACACUUCUAGCAGACCAGGGAGUGCUGUGUCUGCUCUCUCAGAGGCCUUAUAAAACCAACCCACUGCUAAGCAGUGAGACUGCUUCCAGCUGCUUCAAAAGCAAACUAACCAAGAAUAUACAGACGGCUUCAAACCUACACAUACAUGCACAAAGGAAGAUCACACCAUCCGUGGCUUCGUUCCUGUUAGGGACAGAUUAGCUGGACUAUAUCAUCAGAUAGUAGGUUCUCACUAACUGUUGCAUUUCAAUAAAAGCAAACAGCCUUUGAAAAUAACAACAAUAUAUAAUUUCGCACCAGUGGAUUCAGGGAAAAAUGAGUUUGUUGGAGUUAGUUUAUACUUUCACACAUGACCACAAAGAUUUCCAGUUAUGUAACCAUCAGUGGUCAUUUCCACUCAUCUCCCCCUCAAAUCACAGCCAAACAGAAAGUUUGAAACCUUUUUUAUUUAAUGCUUUCUUGGCAUCUCUUUCAAGGGUGUACGUUAAAAAUGAAAGCGUCUGAAAAUAAAAUUUUUUAUGUUUAUGCAUAAAAAGCCUUCAUGAGUGACUGACACUCUGGACUGGAUAGUACUGUAGCCUCAUUUGUUGUAGUUAUUCAAAUUGGAUUAAUGUCUGUCUGAGUUCAUUUCAGCUAAUAGAAUGAAUCUGAAGAAAUAUUUAGGAAUAAAGUUGACACCUAAAAUAACUUAUGUUAAAGAAAAUAGCCAUGAUUAAAUCGAAGGGAGAUAAAUGUGUGUUGUGAAAGAAAAAUAAAAACUUAAAAAAUAAUAACUAUAGCCUGAGCCACGCAGUAAAAACAGCACAUUCAUGCAGCAUGAGAUUUACUGGCUUAUCAACCGAGGUGUUAACUUUUCCUUUUAUGCAGAUAUCAUAGUCUACUGGGUACUAAAGUUUUGCCCUAAUAUGCACCAUUGUUAACCAGACACAUAUCAAAUGCACAGUCUAAGAAUAUCCUCCCCAGCCCCAUCCUUGGAGUCAUAAACCACAGCUGUUAAACUGAGAAUCUUUUGAAUCUUACUUUCAACAUAUGCAUGUCAAAGCACAUUCUAAAGUUCUUACAACAAUUCUGAUGUAGCAUUUUCUGUCCCAUCAAUCAAAUACCUUCAAUCAGUUGCUCAGUCUAUUCAAACACAUGGCAUAUUUAUUUCAUUUAUCAUUUAGAUUUGCCAUCCUCAGGACCAGGACUCAGGAACAAAACUUUCUACACUGGAAAUGUAAAGCAUAUUGCAGUUUGGUCUCAAUUUCCACACAAAUGGCAUGAAUAAUUUUUAAUAGCAAAUUGUUUGGGGGGAAAAUGUAUUUUGCGUUAGCAUGCAAUUUUAUACCCAGAUUAGACUAGGAAUUUGGCUGGCCUUCUAGAAUUUCAUUGCACAUUUAAGUAAAAUAAUGCGCGUCCCCUGUGAAGAACCCCAUCAGGGGCUGUGAGAAAGCGUCCCCAGGCCCACUCACCUUGUUCCAGGCCCGCUAGCAUCCUUGCUGUCCCGAGCACACUCUUCAUGUCUCUUCCUUUCCCCUGCCCUUCCUUGCCCAAACGUGGCAUUUCUAGGGGAAGAUAAAAAAGAGGAAGUAGUGAUGUUCUCAAAGGGGUUCAGAACAAACUAGCAUGGUCUUGGAUGAAAGCUUAGCCAGUGGAGAAUA